AUUUUGAUUUAGGUCAAAAGUAAGGCAAAGCGAAACAGGAACACUGAUUUACCAUUGAACUCUCUUAUCUUUCAUUCAUUCACUGGUAUCUUUCGGCUUCCCACUCGAACACUCACCUCUGCAGAAGUUGAACUACAAACACAAACCUAACCAAAGAUGCUAUCUGCAUUUUCAAUUGCGCUUGUUGAGGAAAUGAAGUUAACCGUUCUUCAUGGACUAAUACCUGAGGAAUAACGAAGGAAUUCUAAGGAAAUGCAUAAUCAUUCCAAGCCUCAUUCUAGAACUAUAUUUUCUUCGUUGUUAUUUGUCUUGCAUAGGGUACUGGAUAAGAAAACACUGAUAAAGAAGUCAAAAAAAGAAGAGCUGAUGUCCCUAGCAAUGGAGUUACAACACAGCCAAAGGCUGAAGCUUUGGGCCCCACCUUUAGAAGAGAAAUGCCUGAGAAGCUUCCCUUCAGCAUUUGGAAUUGUUCCACGAAGGAGAAACACACUGAGAAGUUCUAUUGUCUCUUCCUUGAAAUUGAAUAAUUUUGGUCCAUCGGCACCAAGAUUUUGGAGGUCCCAAUUGGUGGUUCCUGGUCUCAGACAAAAGGGACCAAAAGCUUCGAAGUUAGAAGAGUUGCUCAAAUUUGGCAAUGGAGAGAAUGAUGAAGGAGAUGAAUCUGAAUCUGAUUCUGAUGGAGGUCAUAAGCAGGAUGAUGACUUUCAUAUGGAUGAGGAUGAAAGGCGUGAAUGGAGGAGGAAGAUAAGAGAUGUCAUAAAAAUGGCUCCUGAUGUUGAGGAAGAGGUAGAUCUUGUUGAGAGACGAAAAAAGAUGCAAAAGCUUUUGGCUGAUUACCCUCUUGUUGUUGAAGAGGAAGACCCUGAUUGGCCAGAAGAUGCUGACGGGCGAGGUUUUAACUUGGAUCAAUUCUUCAAUAAGAUCACUAUCAAGAAUGUCAAGAAAGAUGAUGAUGAUGAAAAUGAUGACAGUGACAAUGAAUUGGUAUGGCAAGAUGAUGACUAUAUUCGUCCAAUUAAGGACUUAACUACUGCAGAGUGGGAGGAGACUGUCUUUAAAGACAUCAGUCCUCUUAUUGUUCUUGUUCAUAAUCGCUACAAAAGGCCUAAGGAAAAUGAAAUGAUAUGGGAUGAAUUGGAGAAGGCUAUCCACAUUAUCUGGAAUUGCAGGCUACCAUCGCCAAGGUCUGUAGCAAUUGAUGCUGUUGUUGAAGUUGACUUGGUGUCUGCUUUGAAAGUCUCUGUUUUUCCCGAGCUCAUCUUCACUAAAGCAGGGAAAAUCUUAUACCGUGAGAAAGCGAGCCGAACAGCAGGUGAGUUGUCCAAAAUGAUGGCAUUCUUCUAUUAUGGAGCUGCCAAGCCACCUUGUCUCAGUGGCAUCGAGAAUUCUGAAGAGUUAAUACCUACAAUCUGAGCAAGAAAUUAUCAUGGUGCAGCAAUGAGCGUUGGCUGUACAAUCAGUCACUAAGAUGGCGCUGCAGCUCUUGGUGGUGUUUUAUCUGGUGAGAAGAUGGGAGGUUUCUUGUGCUCUCUUCAAGAUUAAAUAGGUGCAUUGCUCGUUCCUUCGGUUCUUAUUCUAGUGUGGUGGCCCUAUUCAGUUUCAAUACAGCAAACUCUUAUCACUGCAAGCAGCUUCAGCCUUCCAGGUUGAAAGUGUUGGUAACUGAAAUGACAUGCCAACAUUUCUUCAACUUUUCGAGUACAUAUCUAGCUAGGAAGCAAAAGUUUAUUUCUCAAUCCUCUUCCAAAAUCAUUUUAGAUUGGGUUUAUUAUCAUUUUGUAAUGAGACUUGCCCUUGACAGCCUGUAUUUGUAAUAGUACCGUUGUCUCUUUUCAAACUUCCAUGGAAAUACAAACAACAAAGUAUAUAAUA